AUGCAACACAAUUCUCCAUGGAUACUUGAAAGUUCCCCAGUUGAAGCACCUUAUUGCAAUACUCUUCCUUCUGCGAACUACCCAUUUUCAUCAUCAAUUCAUGUGGAAAGUGAUCAGGAUUUUAUUGGUGAAAAGAACAGAAACGAUAAUAUCAACAUAUUUGGAGAUCCAUUUAUGAGUUAUGAUUGCAUCAAUGAAGAAGAUAAUGGUAAAGAUAAUGGUAGAAGUGGAGAAAAACCGAUGAAACGUAAACGUCACUGUAAAAAUUCGAAGAAAAAAAUUGUCCAAAGGGGUUCUGCAUUUUAUGGAGUUUCAAGGUACACAGGAGGUCGUUAUGAAGCAUUUCUGUGGGAUAACACUGAACCACGAAGUAAAGGCAAGACAGGUGGAUUUGAAACACAAGUGGAGGCAGCUAGAGCUCAUGAUCUAGCUGCUCUAAAGUUAUGGGGCGACUUUGCUACAUUAAACUUCACUCUGAAUGAAUACAAAAAAGAGUUGGAGGAGAUGAAGGGGAUGUCCAAACAAGACUAUUUUCUCCACAUUCGAAGAACAAGUGCUACUUUUGCCAAGGGUUUAUCUACAUAUCGUGGAGUGUCAAGGAACUCGUACCACAAGAAAUGGCAAGCCAGAUUAGGCAAAGGGGGAGGGCUCAAAGGAGUUUACCUGGGUACAUUUGCAACUGAAGAGGAAGCAGCAAGAGCUUAUGAUGUUGCCGCGAUAAGGAUGAAGGGCACAAAAGCAGUCACAAACUUUGAUCUGAGUCGAUAUGAUCUCAACAGCAUUUUUAACAGCGCAAAGCUUCCAAUUGGAAAGGGUGCUUCAAAGAAGUUAAGGUGGUCUUCAGUUGAUGAUGUCCUAGAAAACAGAAGAAGCAGUGAUGCUAAUCAGAAAAUUCCCAUUUUGCAACUAGAUGAGGAUUAUAGCACAGGAAUCUCUAGGCUGAGCUCAACAACUCAACCAUCAUCCUCAUUUGAGCCAACAAUUCAUCAAAUCCUACCAACCCCCAACAAUUCAAACCUCAAUCAAUAUGUAAGCCCUUUCUCCCUCCAAAACACUGAUAUCCAAUAUAAUCAACUUCCCCAGGACUUCAAUGUUAACCCUAGCUCUCAAGUUCAUGAUGUUCCUGGAUGCGAAAACCUUAACUUUCAGAGAAGCCCUAGUUUAAAUCAGUGGGUUGGUACUUAUGGAGGAGGUGAUAAUUCAGAGGGGAGUGGUUUCAGUGUUGGAGGGUCUCAAAUUUAUGGGAGUUUGGAUGGUGAUCCAACAAUGAGACAGUUUGUUGAUGGAAAUUCAUCAGGUUUCAGUUUUGGCAGGGAUGUUGAGAAUCAUGAGUUUGAUCAGUUACAUCAGUAUAACAGUGAUUCCUACAGCCAAUACCUCAACCAAAACCCUAGCUUCUCCUCCCUUCUUCAAGACUCCAUGCAGGUUCCUAAUCAUCCUCAAACAUUUUACCCCACUUUUCUUCCUGGGUUGACUAACCUUGAUCCAGGCCCCAGUUAUAUCGGAGAAUCUUCCCGUAGCGUUAGUCAGGUUCCGGAGGUGAGUUUGGAGGCCAUGUUGGCGGAGAAUAAUCAGAGUUGUGGCAAUGGCAUCAUCAAUGAAGUGUUUUCUCUUGAUCAUGAAGUACCUGUUAAUAUUAUGGAGGGAAACUCAACAGUACAACCAGGAUAUGCUAAAAAUGGAAAUUUUGUUGAAGACUUUGGGGUGGAGAAAUCGGCUGGAUUGGACCUUGAUGAUGACUUUCCUGCUAGCUGGGUGGAGAUGUUCUUGAUGACCUUAGAAGGUUCUGAUUGUCAUGUGUGA